GAAUAUGCCACCAAGCUAAGUGUUUGAAAGUGAUUAUCAAAAGUCUUUUGAAUUGAAGUGCUUCGAUGGGUUCAAGUCAGGAAGAAGUGACCCUUCUGGGAGCUAGUGGAAGCCCAUUUGUUUGCAGGGUGAAGAUAGCCCUGAAGUUGAAGGACGUUGAAUACAAAUACGUGGAAGAAAAUUUGGGCAACAAGAGUGAACAGCUUCUGAAAUACAACCCAGUUCACAAGAAGGUUCCAGUUCUUGUUCACGGUGAGAAACCCCUUGCAGAGUCUCUUGUGAUUGUUGAGUACAUCGAUGAGACAUGGAACAACAAUCCCAUCUUGCCUUCCGAUCCUUACCAGAGAGCCUUGGCUCGUUUCUGGUCCAAAUUCAUCGAUGACAAGAUUGUGGGUGCUUCGUGGAAAUCUGUUUUCACGGUUGAUGAGAAAGAGCGUGAGAAGAAUGUUGCAGAAGCAUAUGAGAGUCUGCAGUUUCUUGAGAACGAGAUAAAGGAGAAGAAGUUCUUCGGAGGAGAGGAGCUUGGGUUGGUAGAUAUUGCUGCUGUCUAUGUAGCAUUUUGGAUCCCUUUGAUUCAAGAAAUAGCAGGGUUGGAGUUAUUGACAAGUGAGAAAUUUCCUAAUCUCUACAGGUGGGGCCAAGAAUUUGUGAACCAUCCAAUUGUGAAAGAAAGUCUUCCCCCUAGAGUCCCAGUUUUUGGCUUUUUUAAAGGACGCUAUGAAGGCCUUUUUGCUUCAAAAUAGAUUUGAUGUUGUGAGAGAUUUAGAAUUUCUAAGGAAAAUUGUGUGGAGUACUACUUAGUUAGGAUUUGGUUUCAAAAUUAUGGUUGAAGUUGAAAUCUAGGAUUUGCGCAUGUCAAACAAAUAACCUUGGAUUGUCGUGUUGAUAUUUUACUAUUUCAAUCAAUAAAUUAUGCACUCGUCGAAGGUAUUGUGAAA